GGAGAUCCUAGUUCAGGGCGCGAGUGCUCUGCUCAGAAAACCACUGGGUUAAAAUGCAAUGCUGAUUCUGAAUGUAACAGUGGACACUGUGUAGACGAUGAGUGUGUAUCAUGUGUACUCGAUGAUCACUGUAGUGGCCAGCAAGUUUGCAAUGACAACACUUGUAUAACUUUAGCAGGAUUUGGUGGAAUAUGUGACUCUACAGAUGUUUGUGAACUGGGCCUUGUUUGCUAUAUGGGUCGAUGUGGGGAAUGUGAGGACGAGAAUGAUUGUGACGAGGAUGAAUUUUGUGGCGUAGGUAGAAACAAUGGGUAUGCGUGUAUACCUAAGAAGGGGAUUAUGUCAGGUUGCACUUCAGAUAGUGAAUGUGACAGCGGCCAUUGUGUUGACAAAAUGUGUGUAGCCUGUGUAUCCAACAAUAAUUGUAAUGGACAGCAAGUUUGCAAAGACAACACAUGUAUUACAUUGGCAGAGUAUGGUGGAAAGUGUGACUCUUCGGAUUUUUGUAAACUGGGCUUGGUGUGCUAUAUGGGUAGAUGUGGGGAAUGUGAGAACGAGGAUGAUUGUGACAAAGGCGAAUUUUGCGGCGUUGGAAGGAACAAUGGGUAUACGUGUAUACCUAAAAGGGGGAUUAUGUCACGUUGCUUAACAGAAAAUGAAUGCACAAGUGGAUAUUGUGUAAAUGGUGUAUGUGUAACAUGUGUAGAUGAUUCACAUUGUGGAGAACUUGCGUGUCGAGAAAACACAUGUGUCAAACUUUCUGAAUUGGGUGACACAUGUAAAGAAGACAGGAAUUGUCUCUCUGGCCUUGAAUGCCAUAUGGGUGUAUGUAGUAGUUGCACGAGGGAUAGCGAUUGUGAUGAGGGACAGUAUUGUGGUGGGGACGAGUAUAGCAACGGCUUGAUGUGCGUGGAUAACAGUCAAUUUGGUAGCCAAUGUAAAGUCGAUAAGCAUUGUGACACCCAUCUAAUGUGCAGUGAUGGUGUGUGUGGUUACUGCAAGAGUGACACCGAUUGUUUGUCCAAUGCUUAUUGCAAAGGAGGAGCUGAUAAAGGAAAAGAAUGUGUCUCCAAGAAGGAAUUUUGGGCAAUAUGUGAGGAAGACACUGAAUGCACGAGUGGUAUAUGCCGUGAUGAUGGUGUCUGUGUUUUUUGUGAUGACACACGCGUUUGUGACACACUUCAAUAUUGUGAUGAUGGAGAGUGUAUCAAUGUAAAGAAAGUUGGACAAAGGUGUAAAGACAAUCAGGAAUGUUACUCACAUUAUUGUUUUGAAGACGUUUGUGUUUCGUGCAUGGCAGAUUUUGAUUGCAAGGAAUCGAACACGUUUUGUGACGAUUCAAAAUCUCAUUCGUGCAUGUCGAAAAAACCAAACGGAGAACAUUGCUUGAAGAAAUCAGAAUGUGAAAGUAAUCAAUGUGCAGCGUCUGGUAUCUGUGGCGACUGUGUAAUGGAUAGGGAAUGCGGAACUGGAAAAUUUUGCCAAAACAACGUUUGCAUGGCAACAUUGCAAGAUUUCGCAACCUGUCAAAAUAAUCACCAAUGUGCAUCUCAAAGGUGCGAUGGUGGCACGUGUGUGCAAUGUUUUAGGGCGGCCGAUUGUGAGCGAGGACAAACCUGCACAUUUGGAGAAUGUUUUGACAAGCUACCUGCUGGAAAACCUUGUGCUACAGAUGAUCAAUGUAUAUCUAGAAUAUGCGGCAUGGGCUUGUUGUGUCACGAAUGUGAUAGUGACUUUGAUUGUGACAGAGACACAUAUUGUCACAUUGUUGACGAGAAUGAGGCUACUGAUGGAGAGGUGAACCGCUGUGAAAAGAAAUUUGAAAUUGCUGCUAAGUGUUUAGGAAAUAACCAAUGUAUGACAAGAAUGUGCGACAACGUAUGUGGAUCGUGUCUCAGUGACUUUACAUGUGGAUCUACCAAGUAUUGUGAAAAUACAAAACCUUUUGAUCCAAACUCGUGUAAGCCCUAUGUAAAAAAUGGAGAGCCAUGUGAAUCCUCGAAGUCGUGUGAGAGUGGCUUCUGCGAUUCUCUCUGUGGAGAAUGUAUAACCGACAAAGACUGUAAGAAACAAGGGACAAUAUGCCGGGGUACAGGUUCUGGUAGCGUGAUGAACGAGUGCCACACUCUGAUAUUAAACAACAGACCUUGUAAUAAAGACUCAGACUGUCAGAGUGGGCUCUGUAUUGGGAAAUGUGUCAACUGUAAAACUUCCGAUGAUUGUAUAUCAGGGAAAGCCUGUUUUAAUAAUGUCUGUAAAUGGAAGCGUAGAUAUGGAUAUCCAUGCAGUAAAGAUGACCAAUGUAAAAGUGUAGUGUGUGAUUUCGAUAGAGGAAUAUGUGUAUACUGAACUCCUAGCAACAGCGAAUUUUUGUAUGUUUAUUCGUAAGGUUCGAUCGUAUUUUGAAAUAAAUUAUGCCAAAAGCACCG